GUAGCACCAACAAAAACAUCAGAUGGACGGAUUGGCACGUGUUUUUGACAAACCUUUGGAUAAACGCAUCUGCCGCAGCAUUUGAUGGCCUAUUGUCUUGGAGCUUCCUUUUUGUUCGAUGACACAACGAAUACCGGCCCAGCUCGACAAUGAAUGAACAUCUUGGGGCCUUGAAAUUGCGACAGUGCACCAAAUAUACGCCCCAGAAGCUAUGGCUGGGAAUGACAGGAUGUUCAUCAAUACCUGACGACUUUAGCUAGCCGGGCCAUCUUCCAAUACUGGACUUCCGAUACUGGCAAUAUCCCAUGGAUGAGCCUCAAUCAAAUCUCUAUUGUCUCCAUCAAAGUUGUUGAAAUCACUCAGGAACAAUAACAAAAACGUGGUCGGGUGUCAUCCGCUGCCAGGAACCCGGGCCAUCACAGGCGCCCACGUGCAACAAUUAAUCCAUCCAUUGGUCACCGCCAGGGAUCACCAUCUUUGACCACCCGCAACUUUCCAGUCCCCCGGAUGCCGAUUUUCUUCGGACGACAUCUCGAAUCUGAGCCUGGCGAGUCACCGGCGCUUCAUCUAGGCAAUCUGCCCCGGCAUGGCGCGUCAAUGGUUCAAGAAGAAAUGACUGGGGUCUUGGAGCGGGGAUCGUCGGUCUUCUCCAUCUCGGUGCUAUUUAUCCAGAGCUCUCUCCCUCCCCGCAUGCUACGCUGCGAUGUACCUCUCCCCAGCUCCAGUCCUCUUGCUCAUUCUCUCGACAAGCACCUCCGCCAAGAUGAAGGGUCUCGUGCUGUCUUCCGUCCUCGCUCUCGCACCUCUCACCCUCGCCCUCGCUGCCUGGCCAGAGGCCGAGGGAAAGGACAUCAAGUACACGUCUGUUCCUGGGUACUUCUUGCAGGACGACAACAGUACUGAUCCGACCGGCUUCGACUAUGCUGCGGUCAACUUUGGUCUUAUCAACCGGACGUACCCAACGGACAAGCACUUCGACCCCGAGGGCGUCAAGACCCAAUGGCAGCGUUUCGACCACUGGGUCCAGUACCUGAACUCUGGCUGCCGCAAGAGCGACAGCGUCCAGUACAAGCUGCUCUUCAUGGGCCGCCACGGUGAGGGCUGGCACAACGCCGCCGAGUCAUUCUACGGCACGCCCGCUUGGAACUGCUACUGGGCCGAACAAGACGGCAACGCCACCGCCCGCUGGGCCGAUCCCCUCCUGACCCCGGCCGGCGCAAACGAAGCUCUCAAGGCAAACGCCUACUUCAAGGACCGCUACGCGACCCAGAAGAUGCCCUACUUCGAGUCCUACUACACCAGCCCCCUGAUCCGCUGCGGCUACACCGCCAACAUCACCUUUGGCGACAUCCCCAUCCCGGCCGACGAGCACCCCUUCGUCCCCGUCGUCAAGGAGGGCUUCCGCGAGGGUAUGACGGUACACACCUGCAACUGGCGCUCCAACAAGACCUACAUCGCCUCGACCUUCCCUUCUUUCGAAUUUGAGCCCGGGUUCGCGGAAUAUGACCAGCUCUGGCGCCGCAAUGAAAGCGAGACGAGCGACGCCCAGGACGCGCGCUCCAAGGCCGUGCUGGACGACGUCUUCCGCGCCGACGACAAGACGUGGUUGAGCAUCACGAGCCACUCGGGCGAGAUCACGAAGCUCCUGAAGGCGCUGAACCACCGUGCUUUUCGGCUGUCCACGGGCCAGAUUAUUCCCGUGUUUGUGAAAGCCGAGGUCGUGGCGCCGGCGCCGGUGCCGACGUUUGCGGCGCAUGAGCCGUAUUCGACGUGUACGAGUCCGCCUGUGACGAGUAUUGCUGGCCAGGGAUGUGUUUGCGCGACGACGGCUUCGUCGGGGCUGCUCCCGGCGGCUACGCUUAUGGCGGCGUGAGGAUUUCACGGGAAGACUUCUUCGCGUGGUACUUAGUGAGAUAUAGAACCUGGUAAUCGUAAUGUAAUUGACGGUUGUGAGAGUAAGAGAGACAGGGACGAAAUCGUUCGAUUGCGCCUCGAAGGAGCCGCCACCAGGUUUCCCAUCUGAAGCAGGCUUGUGAUAGCGUAGAACCAUAUUCGAAGCAGCCACCGACUUUUCGCUCAUCCAUAGCGAAUGAACUCACCGUUGAAGUUCGCGGGAGCGCAUGGUGCGGGAAAGCGGCUGAUCGACGUUGAGCCCAUCUUUUCCUUUCCGUCUUAUCUAACCCGGCUGCAGGUACAAAUCUGUAUCAGUGUGCGAUCAGUGCUCCCUAGCGUGGUUAUCUCGGAUUUAAAAUUGAUCUUUCUUGAACGAAGAAGAUGGGCGUUUUCUUCUGACUGCCCAGCUAAGGUAGCCAUUCGGAUAACAAGCCUAGUCGCGUGGGUGCAGUGCAAUGGUGCGGGUGGUGGGAUUCAAGUGUGGUAUAUUCCUUGGCCGGGAGUCCGUUCACCACGUGGGACUCGAGCUUCUGGAAUGUUUCAGGGUUUACGCGGGGAGACCAACCUGCCUAGGUACGGCAUGGGAUUGGGGCUGAGAGGCACAGAGGCUUCCGGGAGGAGAAGGAGGAAGAGAAGGAGCAAGGGAGGGUAUGUGCUGUGUUGUGUGGGUGCCGUGCUCUUGUUGUCGAGUCUGCGCUUUGGGCGCUGCGCGGUGGUAGACUCUGGUAUUUAGAAGCAACGGCUCGGUGUCUGUGGGCGCACGGGAGCAGAUGAUCUGCUUGACCCCGGGGAGAUUGGCCAAUCGUCAACAUUGCCGUGCUCGAUAUCCAUUGGGAGACAAUUGGUAUUGCAGAUGAUGGAUGUUCCUGUUAUCGAUGCCCGCAGGUAGAUAGUGGAGAGGUGGGCAAGGGGGUUGAAGAGAGAGAGGGGAACAAGUUUCACGAUGGAAUCAGACUUAUUUAGUACCUCGGUGAAGGAGCGCCGGGAAAUGGAGCAGAACCACCUGGACAG